GCGAUGCUCCCCUGCGGGUCUGGGAAGUUUCCCGCCGGCCUCGGCCGCGGGCGCCGCUGCUCCCAGGUGUAGCGCCCCCGCGCGGCGCGGGCGGCCGGGCAGCUCCAGCAUGACCCGCCAGAGCCUGUGGGACGUGUCGGAGGCCAACGUCGUCGAGGACGGCGAGAUCCGCAUCAACGUGGGCGGCUUCAAGAGGAGGCUGCGCUCGCACACGCUGCUGCGCUUCCCGGAGACGCGCCUGGGCCGCCUGCUGCUCUGCCACUCGCGCGAGGCCAUGCUAGAGCUGUGCGACGACUACGACGACGCCCAGCGGGAGUUCUACUUCGACCGAAACCCCGAGCUCUUCCCCUACGUGCUACAUUUCUACCACACCGGCAAGCUGCACGUCAUGGCCGAGCUGUGCGUCUUCUCCUUCAGCCAGGAGAUCGAGUACUGGGGCAUCAACGAGUUCUUCAUUGACUCUUGCUGCAGCUACAGCUAUCAUGGCCGCAAAGUGGAACCCGAGCAGGAGAAAUGGGACGAGCAGAGCGACCAGGAGAGCACCACAUCCUCCUUCGAUGAGAUCUUGGCCUUCUACAAUGACGCCUCCAAGUUCGACGGGCAGCCCCUGGGCAACUUCCGCAGGCAGCUGUGGCUGGCGCUGGACAACCCAGGCUACUCGGUCCUGAGCAGGGUCUUCAGUGUCCUGUCCAUCCUGGUGGUGCUGGGCUCCAUCAUCACCAUGUGCCUCAAUAGCCUGCCGGACUUCCAAAUCCCUGACAGCCAGGGCAACCCUGGCGAGGACCCCAGGUUCGAAAUCGUGGAGCACUUUGGCAUUGCGUGGUUCACAUUGGAGCUGGUGGCCAGGUUUGCUGUGGCCCCUGAUUUCUUCCAGUUCUUCAAGAACGCCCUAAACCUUAUUGACCUCAUGUCCAUUGUCCCCUUUUACAUCACUCUAGUGGUGAACCUGGUGGUGGAGAGUACGCCUACCUUGGCCAACUUGGGCAGGGUGGCCCAGGUCCUGAGGCUGAUGCGGAUCUUCCGCAUCCUGAAACUGGCCAGACACUCCACUGGCCUCCGCUCCCUGGGGGCCACCCUAAAGUACAGCUACAAAGAAGUAGGGCUGCUCUUGCUGUACCUCUCCGUGGGGAUCUCCAUCUUCUCCGUGGUGGCCUACACCAUCGAAAAGGAGGAGAAUGAGGGCCUGGCCACCAUCCCUGCCUGCUGGUGGUGGGCGACUGUCAGUAUGACCACGGUGGGCUAUGGGGAUGUGGUCCCAGGGACCACGGCAGGGAAGCUGACUGCCUCUGCUUGCAUCUUGGCAGGUAUUCUCGUCGUGGUACUGCCCAUCACCUUGAUCUUUAACAAGUUCUCCCACUUUUAUCGGCGCCAAAAGCAACUUGAGAGUGCCAUGCGCAGCUGUGACUUUGGAGAUGGAAUGAAGGAGGUCCCUUCAAUCAAUUUAAGGGACUACUAUGCCCAUAAAGUUAAAUCCCUCAUGGCAAGCCUGACGAACAUGAGCAGGAGCUCACCGAGUGAACUAAGUUUAAAUGAUUCCCUACAUUAGCCAGGAGGAGCUGUCAUCCUGAAACCCACAUUGCUGAGCUGCCGGGAAGCUUUGAGUUAUGGCGUAGGGAGUCUUCCCAAGCCUGAAGGGGGUAGAUGCAUGGGAUAGCACCCCAGGUCACUGUUAUGGUAUUUAGAGUCACUUUUAGGGGAUGGUGUGUCUGACACCAUGCCUUUGCAUCUUUCAACAAAAUGACACUCGCUGGUCUUUGCAGUGGGCAAAAAAUGGUGGGCAUAAAAUGCUCAUCUUUCUGCCAGCUGAGUACCCAGAAUGCCAAUUUCUCUGUCCACUGUGUACUCUAGUGCUUGUGCCCUGGUACUGUCUGUGAGUUGUUCGUGCUCCUGUUUCUGAGGUUGUUAUGUGAGUUCCGUACAAAAAGAAGCCCCCACAAGUCUGUCCAGUGGCAACUCAGCUGUCUAUGAAGUCAGCAAGGAUAGCAUGAGAUUUUGCUCACUGUCAUGUAAAGACAAAAUCUCAAUUCUUUAUCCGUUGCUUUCACUUAGUUUUAGUACCAAAACAAAAAGAAUGUAAAGGGAAGCACCCACAACCAACACAAGUCUGUGUGUUGUUUUUCUAGAUGACCUGUAGCUCUGUGGCUCACAUGGGUACAGCAAUCAUUUUUAGAAAGAUGUGCUUCAUGUUCAUCUGGUAGACGUUACUCUCUAGAGGAUGUUACUCGGUUAAACAUGUAGUGAAGAUUGAAGCAUUUUUUUCUUUCCAGAAACAUAUAUUAGAGACAGGGACUUCAGCUAAACACUGACCCAGUCCCUGGAUGCUCGACAUGGUCCAUGCAGGCUGGGCCCUGUCACCUGUGGUCAGGCCUCUGUCUUUCCCAGGGUGAUCCAAGAGACAUUGGUUCCUAGUUUAGGCUGUUUGACCAAAGUUUGCUGUGUCUUCUGUAUUAGCAUGUUUUUUGAAAUAUUUGUUUUUUAAGAUGUUUAGGAAUAAGGUCAUGUUGUCUUCCUCAACCUAGAGGAGGUUUACUGUUGUAUUGUCUCCCUGGUGUGAGCAUUGUUAGGUUGCUAGCAAGGGCGGUAGCCUAAAUACUUUUGUUGCCUGCUCUGAAAGCUCAUAAAAUGAAAGCCCUUUUUAUUUUCAAGCAAAAUUUGCUCAGAUAACUUUGCUUCUAGGAUACAGCAUGUUGUGUAUGAUGUUAGGAUUGCCUCAGAGUUCCUGCUGUGACAUGGAAACCUGGUGAUCGGGAAGUGUAUACCUACAAGAGAUGUGCAGAAGGCAGCAUGGCUUCGCCAGGAAGAACAGUACUCUGCUGACUUCCGUUCCAAUUGCCAUUUGUCAGAGGAGGGUGGGUAGAGGCUAGGAGAAAGAAAAGAGUUAUAAAACAAACAACUGCUAUUUCAUAAAUGUCAUGAAUAAUUAUAAACUUUGAGAAAAAGCUUAGGGCUAUUUCAAAAACCUUUAAAUUUGUCAGCUGUGCUGAAGGGAGACCACUGUUUCCUUCUCCAAAAUGCCCCAGCUCGCCCCCUUCAGUUACCCAGCACAAUGCAUUGCAAAGUGGAGCCUGGGCCCCUUGGUAAAAUAAUUUUUUCCAUCAUCUUGUCAGUAAGCUGAUGGUUUUCCAGGUGGCUUUCAUUAUGGUGCAGUCUUUGCCACAGCUAAGCGUGGAGUUAGGUGGGCUUUUUAGCCAAAGCUUGGGCCUUCUCUUCAGAGGCCUAUUUUGUGUUUUAGUUGGAUGAGGGUAAUCCACAUUCCAGGGGUGUGGAGAGGAUCUGCACAGAGGGCUUUUGUGUACUUGUAGUUACCAUGGCUACUACAGUGUGGGCGAUUUAUUGGAUGAAUUCGCUGGCCACUCAUGCCCUUGAGCCUCCAGUUCAAAUCCUUCCACAGCCUGGAGUCCUAUGAGGUGCAGAGAGGUAGCCACCUGUUAGUGCCUACAUCUUUUUCAGAAAAAUCAGGACAGGUGAGUGAGCCACCAGCCAGUGAGUCAGAAGAGCAAGGUUGUUUUUCAGAAUUUGUACUUGGAACUCUUGGCUUUGGCUGAGGUUCUUCAGCCUGGUAAGGCACGAGAAUUACAAAAUCAUCCCCAGCUGCAGCCAGGGCAGGUGAUGGUACAAACUGGUGAGGAUUGGUUUGUUUACCAAGGCGGGUGGUAUCAGGUCACUAAAUGUGGCAUCCGUGGUUACUGGCUAUGAAGGCUGUGCAAAGUGGAAAUGAGAAAGGAAGCAGACUAACUCAGUCUCUCUCAUGGAUUUUUUUCUAAGCAAGCAGGUUUACCGCCCAAACAAGUGGCACUCCAAGUGGUUGCCUUUGCAGAUGUGAAAGCUGGAAAACUUGACUCUUUUUUUUUGGUAAUGACUUGUAUUUUUCUGGUGCCUUUCAUUGGGGGAAUCCCAAAGUGCUUUAGAGACUGUGUUUUAAACAUCUCUUGUACAUAUAUGUAUACUUGUAAAAAAAAUAUUCCUUUGUCCGCUGGGACCUCCAGUCACUUCUGAGGAUGAGAUUGUCCCGAUAGCACUGAGUUCUCUACAGGAGGGUUUCAGAGAGUCGGCAGAGGGAACAGCAAGCUAGCUCGAACACUGUGGUGAAUUCCCACAAAGGAUGGAGGCCCAAGUGUGCCGCCGGGGAGUUCUUCCACCUCCAUCCAAAGUCCCACCGAGGUAGGAGGUUCACAGAGCUGUCGCAGAGACAAGCACUCUGACUGACUGCUGGCAGCACCUCACACAGCAGUACAGCAUCCUCUGGCCCCUGGAGUGAAGCAGGGAGGGUCAGGCUAACUUCCUGCUGUAAACACGAGGCCACCUUUGGCUACCAGGCUGUCAGACUGACCCAUAAACCUCCUUCAGGAGGACACAGUUGAUGCGAGAUCAUUUCCAGCUGUAGGCUUAGAGUGGCUUCACUCCCAACAUGUGAACAUGGCUCUUUUCAAUGCCACCGGGACAAAUAUAUGGGCCAGGUUUUAUCACAGCAUAUAGGAUGAGCAUCUCCAAGGGGCUGGUUUGGGAGAUGACAUCAAUUUACUACACAGAUGCACAUUGGUCUCAGAUUUGUGGUUUUUACCAAACCCCUACAUUUUUCGGGUUUGCUGCUAAGGAGGGGCAUGUUGUAAUGCCGAGUUGAUUUGUAGCUCGUCAGGUAGUAAUUGGUAUUUAAUAUUUGGGUUUGUUAUUUCCACUUAUCUUAGCACUCAAAUCACUGAACUACCUGCUCAUUCUUGCUUCAUUUCAAAGAAAAUGAUUUGUUACGCACUUUGGGGUAGCAGUGAUCUGUACAGGCCGCGUGGUAUGUAGUCGAAAGCUGAACUGCUAUUUCUUGUAUGUUUUAACAGCAUGACUUGCUGCAGAGUUGUAAUUUUAAACAUUGAGAACGCUGUAUUUGCAAUGUCAGUUCUAGCACUCAUUAACACACUACUGCGCCAGCAUCGACGCGGGCUCCGCUGAACCAUUAAAUCUGAUUGCUGUGCUGCCUCUCCGUGCCUCGACUCAGAAUGAGGCACAUGGCUGGCUUGCUCAGGCCUCCAGCCUCGCAAGUAUGCAGCUUACACAGAAAACAGCCAUCUCUGCUUCACAGAGGCCCUUCAACUCCCUAGCAAGUGGUGAACACAAGGACAUUUGAGGUUGGGGACCAGACUUCCUGAGAAAGUCUGGGCUUUUUGAGCAGUGGUUGGGCAGGAAAAGUUGGUUGUUCUUCACAGGGAGAUAGGGGUGGGGUCUCUUUGGGCAAGAGUUAGAGCCAGUGGAGUGCUUGGUAGGGGAAUGAUUGUGUAUUCUUGGAACCCUCUGACCCAGGGGCUCGCUGGGCUUUCCUCCUGCAUGCUGUCCUGCUCAGCACCUCUGACGGCCUGCCGUACCAACUCCUGGCCCGGGAAGCAGGCUAGGUGCUGGCCACCCGAGUGUCAUGGUUGGUUGCGUGUGAGUAUUGCUGGACCUCGUUCGGUGUCUCAGCUCCACGUGCCCUGGACUUGGAGUCUGAGCCUCCUGAAGGCCACUGGGAAUUAGUGGGAAGGACGCUGGGCUAAGGCCCCCCGCUCAGUUACUUCUGCCUUCAGCUCUUCCCGCUGCUGCGCGAGGAGGAGGUUGACCAUCCCAAGGCCCUCCCCAGGCGUUCCCCUCAGUUUGAAACAGCGUUUCUGUACACCUCUGUCUGCCCUCAUUACAGUCGCGAGCAGGUCCCGACAUUCCUAAUUGAUUUUUAAGCAAAGCAGAGGGACUGCUUACAAACAACCUUCUACUUGGUUUCCUUUCUCUCUUCAGCAGGCAGCCACAGUAGAUGACGGUUUGAGAGACAACAGCACCAAGGAAAUGCUUGGGCUAGUGUCUGUUUCAAGUGAAUAGAGUUUUUAAUCAUUAGCAAUUGUGGCCUCUGGGCUUUAUUUUGUUGUUUUUCUUUUUUUUGCAGU